AUGGCAGAGGGUUUAGACUCAAUGGGAAUAGUAUCAAUGGGGGGUGUGGCGUGGAAAGCCCAUUUGGGAAUGGCACUCUCCCAGCUAUUCUAUGGUGGCUACCAUGUAAUCACAAAAGUGGCUCUUAACGAUGGCGUCAACCAACUUGUUUUCUGCUUCUAUAGAGAUCUCCUUGCCUUCACUAUUCUUGCUCCCCUUGCCUUUUUCCUUGAAAGACGGACUAGACCACCCAUUACCAAGAAGCUAUUGAUGUCAUUCUUCUUUCUUGGAUUGACCGGGAUAUUUGGCAACCAGCUUUUGUUUCUUAUUGGUUUAGGUUAUACUAAUCCAACUUAUGCUGCUGCUGUACAGCCAACCAUUCCAGUCUUCACAUUUAUUUUUACUGUGAUGAUGGGCAUAGAAAGACUGAACUUGCUCAGAUAUGAAGGUCUGGCAAAGGUUGGAGGAACUCUUAUAUGUGUUUCGGGUGCCAUAUUUAUGGUUUUCUAUCGUGGUCCGGUUCUGAUAGGAGGUACAGAAAUGGAUAAAGUUGCACAAAUUAGUAAACUAAGUGCCAGAGACCAACCAGAGGCUUCUGGAUGGUUAAUCAACAGUUUACUUGAUAUUGGAUUUGACAGUUUUCAGCUUGGGGUUGUGUUCUUGAUAGGGAACUGCAUCUGCAUGGCUGCUUUUCUGGCCAUUCAGGCACCAAUAUUGAAAAAAUAUCCUGCUAAUCUAUCCGUCACGGCAUAUUCAUUCUUCUUUGGUGUUGCACUGAUGGUGAUUGCAUCAUCUUUCAUGGUUAACGAGUCAACUGACUGGAUUUUGAGGCAACCAGAGAUUCUAGCAGUUGCAUAUUCUGGAACUAUUGCAUCUGCUCUUAACUAUGGAAUCAUUACAUGGAGCAAUAAGAUCUUGGGGCCAGCUUUGGUUUCCCUUUAUAAUCCGCUUCAACCUGCAUUUUCUGCCUUCCUGUCCCAAAUUUUCCUUGGCACUCCAAUUUACUUGGGAAGCAUCCUAGGGGGAUCUUUGAUCGUUGCUGGUCUCUAUAUAGUUACUUGGGCAUCCUAUAGAGAGAAACAAGAAACUUUUGUAGUUACUCCUAAUGGCUCUUGGAUCUCUGAACCACUUAUUCAUGAAAAAGGUGAAUAUCAGAAUUCAGGAUCCUCCAAUUCACUAUCAAAGCCAAGCUCAUCAAAUGAAUGGUUGAAUGACAAUGUGCCGUGA